UUUUGUAUAAGAGGCCAGUUAUAAGUCCCUGAGUGACCUUGUAUCCUUGUCCUGGUUUUCUUUGUCUCUUUGGCUAAACUGUUGAAGAGAAAACAACCUGAAGAGAGAGAUAAGCACAAGAAAACACAGAGAGAAACAGAGAAGAGCAGCACAAGAAAAUAAAAGAAAAGAAAAAUACCCACAAAGAAACCAAGAAAACGAAAGGAGAUAGAGCUUGUUUUGUUAAACAAUGGCUAAGUUAUACUCCGCAGCAUUCCUCGUGAUCUGUGCCUUAAUCAUGGUGGUGGCAAGCUCAUCAUCAUCGGUCGUCGGGGCAAGUGGGGGCCACAUUCAGGACCUGGGAUGGAUGCCCACCAGAUCUUCCUGUAAGGGUUCCAUAGCAGAGUGCUUAGCUGCAGGGGAGGAGUUUGAGUUUGACUCGGAGAUCAACCGGCGUAUUUUAGCCACCGGUAAUUACAUCAGCUACGGUGCGCUUCAAAGGAACACUGUUCCUUGCUCUCGCCGUGGUGCUUCUUACUACAAUUGUCAGCCCGGAGCUCAGGCCAAUCCCUACAACCGUGGUUGCAGUGCUAUCACAAGGUGCAGGAGUUGAAAUUUUUUUUAAAAAUUUUAAGUUUUAAGUUUUAUUUAAUUUUUUUUUUUUGGGGGGUCGAAAAUGGGUUUGAUUGUUAUACAUAAAAACAGGGGAAAGAGAGAGGGAAAAAAAGAGAACAAAAAAAAAAAAAGGAGAAGAUUGAUGGUGAUGGGUCUGGGUUUUGUUGGUAAUUAUUGAUGGAAAUAUUGUUGUUGGUAGUAAUAUUUCUACAUCUGUGUAAAAGAUUAUAUAUGUGAUUCUUUUCUUAUCA